AUGACUGUUGGAUUUCAACGAAACGCAAUUGACGGCGUGCCCGGCUCUGCAAUGCCUAUCGUUCACAAGCUGUCCAAGGACCAUGAAUUGGUAUUGAAGACCUUUCGGCUCUUGAUUGCAGACCUUUGCCAACAAUUCAACGGCGGGCAUCCCGGUGGUGCCAUUGGUAUGGCUGCGAUCGGUGUUGCGCUAUGGAGAUACGUUAUGCGUUAUGCGCCGCACACUCCAGGAUUCUUCAACCGAGAUCGCUUCGUCUUGUCAAAUGGCCACACCUGUCUCUUCCAAUACUCUUUCCUGCAUCUGACAGGAUACAAGGCCAUGACAUUGGAACAGCUCGAAUCAUAUCAUUCGGAUCGCAUCGAUGCGCUCUGUCCCGGACAUCCAGAGAUUGAACACGAAGGAAUUGAAGUGACAACUGGACCAUUGGGUCAGGGUCUAGCGAAUGCUGUAGGCUUGGCCAUGGCGACGAAGAAUCUCGCUGCCACCUACAACCGCCCUGGCUUCGAUGUGGUAAACAACCACACUUGGUGCAUGGUUGGCGAUGCUUGCUUGCAGGAGGGAGUUGGUCUCGAGGCUAUCUCGCUGGCCGGGCAUUUCCGUCUAAACAACCUCACAGUCAUCUACGACAACAACCAGAUCACCUGUGAUGGAUCAGUUGACCUUACCAACACUGAGGAUGUCAACCAAAAAAUGCGCGCCUGUGGCUGGGAUGUGAUUGAUGUGGCAGAUGGCUGCUUUGAUAUUGAGGGCAUUGUUCGUGCAUUGGAGCAGGCUCGCUCAUCGAAGCAAAAUCCCACCUUCAUUAAUAUCAAGACAGUCAUUGGUCUUCAUAGUAGCGUUGCUGGAACUGCUGUUGCCCAUGGAGCUCCUUUUGGUGCCAAGGGUAUCUGUGAUAUGAAGACUGCCUAUGGCUUCAAUCCGGAGGAGCACUUUGUCAUCGGCGACUCUGUGCGCCAGUUCUUCCAGGGCAUUCCCGAGCGCGGAGAGCAGUGGGUUCAAGACUGGGAUCAGCUAGUGAAAAAUUACGCUAUCCAGUACCCUGGUCUCGCAACCGAAUUCAUGGCGCGCGUCCGCGGGGAGCUUCCAGCCAACUGGCAGGAUCAUAUCCCAACCACCUUCCCUGAUAAACCUACAGCCACACGGACGGCAUCUGGCUUAGUAUUUAACCCAAUUGCAAAAGAAGUGGACACUUUCAUGGUCGGUACUGCGGAUCUCUCGCCAUCCGUAAACAUGAUAUGGCCUGGCAAAGUAGACUUCCAGCAUCCUGACCUCCGCACAACUUGCGGCAUCAAUGGGACUUAUGCUGGCCGCUAUAUCCAUUAUGGUGUCCGCGAGCAUGCCAUGGCUGCCAUCUCAAACGGUCUGGCAGCUUACUCCCCAAACACCAUUAUUCCGGUCACCUCGACAUUCUUUAUGUUUUACCUGUAUGCUGCACCCGCAGUCAGAAUGGGUGCAUUGCAGCACCUCCAAAUCAUCCACGUCGCCACCCAUGAUUCCAUCGGUAUGGGCGAGGACGGACCCACUCAUCAGCCUAUCGAGUUGGCCAACCUAUAUCGCUCAAUGCCAAACCUAUUGUACAUCCGUCCCGGUGAUAGCGAAGAGACAGCUGGUGCAUGGAUUGCGGCCAUCGCCGCCAAGCAGACCCCAAGUAUCAUUUCUACCUCCCGUCAAACAUUGCCCCAGCUCUCGCAGACUCGGCGUGAUGGCGUGGCGCUCGGUGCAUACGUUCUAUCUGAAGCUGAGUCGGCUAAUGUCACUUUGAUCGGCGUCGGGGCUGAGCUUUCAUUUGCAGUGGAGGUUGCUGAGCAACUGAAGGUGCAGAAGGGUAUUAUUGCGCGCGUUGUCAGUUUCCCUUGUCAACGCUUGUUUGAGAGACAGUCGCUCGACUACAAGCGUAAAACGCUGCAGCGGCACCGGGGCAUACCGGCUGUAGUGAUUGAACCCUACGCACCAAAUGGCUGGGAGCGGUACGCGGAUGCGGGCAUCUGCGUGACGCGCUUCGGUCAUAGUCUGCCGGGUAAGGCAGCAUACAAGUAUUUUGGGUAUGAUAUUGAUACCUUGACAACAAAGGUGGCCAGGUACCUGGAACAAAUCCAUGAAGAUGAGCUCCUUGGCGGCGAAUUUGUCGACCUAUGA